UUGGGUGGAUUCGGAGUUCCCUGUUGGAACUCGAGAGAUUGAUGGUGGCCACUAGAGAUAGUUUUGAGGGAGACACAAAUGAUAGUGGGUUCUCUCAUAUUCCAAAAGGGUGCUCAGGUGAGAAGUAAGUUUUUUUCAUUUUAGAUCUGUUGCGGGGUAAAAAAUAUGGAUGGGAUGCUCCGUCGACUCUCGUUGACUUGAAAGAAAGAAAGAACAAAGGCUUGGAGGACCUGGGGUGUACUCCGGGGAUCACUCCGAUGCCUAAGAUACUUCAGUAGCUCAUGCCGACUGUUUGUGCCGAGCUGUUUUGUGUAGAGCUGUUUGGGCGAGCUCUUUUAUCCGAGCCCUUUGAAGCAGGACCCGUGCCCAGCUGUUUCUGUCGAGCUGUUCGGGCCGAGCUCCUCGAGGAAGCAUUCGUGUCGCGCUCUUUUGUCCGAGCUCUUUGAAGCAGGCCUCGUGCCGAGCUGUUCGCGCCGAGCUCUUUUAUCCGAGCUCUUUGGAGCAGGACUCUUGCCGAGCUAUUUUUUGCUGAGCUGUUCGCGCCGAGCUCUUUUAUCCGAGCUCUUUGGAGCAGGACCCGUGCCCAGCUGUUUCUGCCGAGCUGUUCGGGCCGAGCUGUUCGAGGAAGCAUUCGUGUCGAGCUCUUUUGUCCGAGCUCUUCGAAGCAGGACUUGUGCCGAGCUGUUUUUUGCUGAGCUGUUCGCGUCGCUUUUUUAUCCGAGCUCUUUGAAGCAGGACCUGUGCCGAGCUGUUUCUGCCGAGCUGUUCGGACCGAGCUCUUCGAGGAAGCAUUCGCGCCGAGCUCUUUUAUCCGAGCUCUUUGAAGCAGGACUCGUGUCGAGCUGUUUUCUGUCGAGCUGUUCAGAUUGAGCUCUUCAAGGAAGCAUUCGCGCCGAGCUCUUUUAUUCGAGCUCUUUGAAGCAGGACUCAUGCCGAGCUGUUUUCUGUCGAGCUGUUCGGACCGAGCUCUUCGAGGAAGCAUUCGCGCCGAGCUCUUUUAUCCGAGCUCUUUGAAGCAGGACUCGUGUCGAGCUGUUUUCUGCCGAGCUGUUCGGACCGAGCUCUUUGAGGAAGCAUUCGUGCCGAGCUCUUUUGUCUGAGCUCUUUGAAGCAGGACUCGUGCCGAGCUGUUUUCUGCCGAGCUGUUCGGAUCGAGCUCUUUGAGGAAGCAUUCGCGCCGAGCUCUUUUGUCCGAGCUCUUUGAAGCAGGACUCUUGCCGAGCUGUUUCUUCUGAGCUUUUUGGACAAUUAGGCCGAGCUGGCCAACCUACGCGGCUGUGCGACGUUACACAUAAUGCUUGUUGCUUGGCUUUCCGCGUAAUAAGUCGUGCUCAUCUGUUGGGUUGUUCUGGCCUCAUGAGUCGUGCUCGUCAGUUUGGGCUUUCCAUGUAAUGAGUCGUGCUCAUCUGUUGGGUAGUUCUGGCCUCACGAGUCAUGCUCGUCAUUUUGGGCCUUGCGCCAAUGAGUCGUGCUCAUUUGUUGGGUCGUUCUGGCCUCACGAGUCAUGCUCGUCAUUUUGGGCCUUGCGCCAAUGAGUCGUGCUCAUUUAUUGGGGUGUCCUUCGCGCUUUCCCGAGGCACUUGCACGCUCUUGUCUUGCGAGAGAUCAAAAAGCAAGUAUUAAAUGCGUCCUACCUUGGAAAGUGGGUUGGAGGAAAGCAUUAUUGAUGGCCAUCUGUCUAUCGCUGUGUCCGAAGCAACUUGGUGUUUCCGAAGUGGCGUUUGUCCUCGGGAAGCCUCGUCUGUUCGUUUGUCAGAGAUUUCCUGUUUCCUAUGCCUCCCUCGAGACGCAUUCCUUCUCGUAAAUGAAAAUCCUUGAGAUUCCUGCCACAGGGAUUCGUGCCCUCCUCUCUAUAUAAAGGCCAGUGGACUCCUUCAUUCCGCACUCGUCUUCAUUCCAAGAGGAUUGCUUCCUUCUCUACUCCUCUCCAUUCCACAAGUCCCUUAUUCGGUGCUAGGUAUGCUUUCCUUUCUAUAGUAUUUUUGUCUUGUUGUUCUUCAUGUUCUUCAUUGUUCUUGCGCUAGCUUUGUAUGUUUGAUCUUGUCUUGUAAGAUUGCCUUGUUGUUUUGUGUGAAAUUUUACUGUCUUGAUCUGUGUUGGCCUCCUUUCUUCUUGAUCUUUGCUGUUGCUUGCUCCACUUGACCCUUAGGUCUAGGUAGUGUUUCCUUCAGGCUUUUCCAUUUUUCUAUGGAGACGUCCUCACAGCCCUUUAGGGUACCUACAACAGUUCGGAGCGCUCGUUGUGAGCUCUCCUCGUCUGACCUGCAGAACACCCGUUAUUUCUUUGCUGUACCAUCGAAUAUUACUGUUAGGUUACCCUCUGCUACUGAGUCAGCUCUUGACCAAAAAUCCGAGGAGCUCUGCCUCUAUACCGAUUAUCUAGACUUGGGUCUUAGGCUCCCUUUUUCCCCUUUUGUUUCUAACGUACUACGCUUUUACCGCAUAGCACCAUCACAACUCGUUCUGAACUCUUAUCUUUCUCUCACCUGUUUUGCUGUGCUCCUGCUCCGCUUGGGCCAUCAGCCCACCGUCCCACUUUUUAGAAGUUGCUUCCAAAUGCGGUCUCAUUCUGCAGAGAAUGAGCUGUAUUAUUUUAACUCUCUACCAGGUUAUAAACUCUUCUCACCAGGCAGUUCUUCUAUCCAUAAUUGGAAGACACGUUACUUCUUUGUUUCGGGAGAGUUGAAUUACAGCGAAUCCUUUGUCUGGUCUUCUCCUCUUGAUGUUUGGGUGCGACAUCUCCUCCCCAGACUUUCCCCCGAAGAGCAAGCCACCCUGAAAGAACUUCGUACACUCGCUGAACGGGGUAUAAUCCCUCAUGAGGAGCUGCUCCAGGAGCGCGUCCUUGUGCAAUGGGGAAUCAGCCCCGUUCCCUCAAAUAUGGACUUCACUAGGUAUGAGUCGCACAUGGGAGAAGCUAGAAAGCAGAGGGUGAGUAGGAGUAGGAAGAAGAGAAGAGAGAUCGAAGGAGAAUCCUCUCAAAGGGAAGCUCCUGCAGUAGGUGACUCCGGCGCCCUUACUGACGAAGUCCCUACUGCUCCUCCUACGCACUUGCAGGCUCAAGUGGAAGCCAUUUUUCACGAGCCAACCCGUUCUGCGUCUGCUCUCCGUCGGGCUGUUCACGCCGAAGACUUUAUGCAGGCCCAGUGUACCCUUCCUGACGCUCUCUCGGCGAAAAUCCGCCAUACUUCGUAUCAGCUGGCGACGAUGGCUCUGGCCCAGGAGGAGAAAGUCGCGGAGAAGUAUCGCCAGACACUGGAUGCACGGGAAAAAUAUGUCCUCGCUCAGAACCAACUGCAUGAGACCGAGCUCCGCGAGCAAGCUUUGAAGGCAGAGAUCGAUCGCCUUCGUAGGGAGGAAAUUCCUGCCCGAGAAGCUACUGCUGCUGCUUCUGCUUCCCGAACUGCAGUGAAGAAAUACAAGGACUCAAACCAAUUUGUUAUCGACACCUCUAAAGCUUACCGAGUUGGAUUCAGGAGGUGUCGUGACCAAGUAAGGACUAAACAUCCCGAGAUCCCUCUUGAUGGUGUAAGCUCUCAUGACUAUGGCGAGGAGAGCCCCGAGUCUGCGGAGGAUCUGGAAGAGGAUGAAGAAGGGGAGGAGGAGAAGGAAGCUGGAGAAGGGAGCAAAGCAAAUUAGUUUGUAGGAACAGAAUAUGUAUUUUGAAUUUUUCAUCCUUUAUUGAUGUAGUGCAACUUUUGUAAGCGGCACUUUUAUUACAGCGCUGCAAGAAGCGGUUUUUUUUUAAGAAUAGUAUUUCUUUAACAUUUCGGAGUUC